CCCAAAACGUAUGCCGCCCCCCCUAUUCUCUCUCCAAAAAAAACAAAAGAGAGUAAAGAGCGAGAGAAAAUGCCGAAGACAGGCAAGUUAUAGAGUCAGUUAGCUCAAAGCGGGUGUCUGUGACCCCUCUUAAACGCAGGCACAGCAGCGAUACUUCAAAAACAAAAACCGUUUAAAAUAAAAACAAGAGACCGUUAAAAUCCUUCCCGCCAAUCGCCAUGGUUGCUCAGCUUGAGCACCACCUUCAACAAGACUCUCCAGCCGCCUCCUUCUCCUCCUCACUAGAAGACCAUGUUCAGAAGACAAAGUCUCUGAUCUCCGCCCUGAAUUUUGUCUCUCGUAAUCUCCCCCUCCCUCUUGAUCUUUUCAACACCGUCUCUUCAAUCUAUUCAGAUGUCGGUAAUGCUGAUUUUGACGGUGGGGCCCAAGAGAGAAGCCAAUUGCAGGUUAACCCUGGGAUUUCCAUCAGAACUGAUUUGAUGACUGGAUUUGAGGAUGCACUAUCAAAGCAAAGGCUAAAUUGCAUGUUGGGUUUUUCUCUGGCAGAAUUGAGGGAAAAUCGAUAUCAAAGCCACAUCCUGCAUCGCUUGAAUGAACUCGAAGAACUGCCUUCAACCAGAGGUGAAGACCUGCAAAUGAAAUGUUUACUCGAACUUCAUGGACUUAAGCUAGCAGAAUUGCAAAGCAAAGUUCAAUCUGAAGUGAGUUCAGAGUACUGGCUUCGUUUGAAUUGUAUGUUUCCUGACAAGCAACUUUUUGAUUGGGGUAUGAUGCGGUUGCCUCGUCCUCUAUAUGGUAUAGGGGAUGCUUUUGCCAUGGAAGCUGAUGAUCAAUUCCGAAAGAAACGAGAUGCUGAGAGGCUGUCAAGGUUAGAAGAGGAAGAAAGGAACUAUGUGGAGACUAGAAAAAGAAAAUUUUUUGCAGAAAUACUUAACGCUGUCAGAGAGUUCCAAUUGCAAGUUCAGGCUACUCAUAAAAGGAGAAAGCAAAGGAAUGAUGGGAUCCAGGCAUGGCAUGGAAGGCAAAGGCAGCGUGCUACACGGGCAGAGAAACUGAGGCUCCAAGCCCUGAAGGCUGAUGAUCAAGAAGCAUAUAUGAGGUUAGUAAAGGAGAGCAAGAAUGAACGACUUACAAUGCUUCUUGAAGAAACAAAUAACCUACUUGCUAACUUGGGAGCCGCGGUCAAGCGCCAAAAAGAUUCCAAACAUUCAGAUGGCAUUGAACCUUUAAGAGACUCAGAAGCUGAUUCUCCGGAGUUGGAUGCUUCAAGGAAUGAAAGUGAACUGGAUACAUAUCCUGAGGAAGAUGUCAUCAUUGAUUCUAAUCUUAAUGAUGAUACUGGUGAUUUGCUUGAAGGCCAACGACAAUACAACUCAGCCAUUCAUUCGAUUCAGGAGAUGGUAACUGAGCAGCCAUACAUGCUUAAAGGUGGACAAUUAAGAUCAUACCAGUUAGAAGGGCUUCAAUGGAUGCUGUCUUUAUUCAACAACAAUUUAAAUGGAAUUUUAGCUGAUGAAAUGGGGUUGGGGAAAACAAUACAAACAAUUUCAUUGAUAGCAUAUCUCAAGGAGAAAAAAGGUGUGUGUGGGCCACACCUGAUAGUUGCUCCAAAGGCUGUUCUACCGAAUUGGAUCAAUGAAUUCUCAACAUGGAUUUCAGAGGCUGAAAUUAAAGCUUUUCUUUAUGAUGGAUGUCUAGAGGAGAGAAAGGCAAUAAGGGAACAGUUAUCAAGAGAGGGGAAUCUUCAGGUGUUGAUCACGCAUUACGAUCUAAUCAUGAGAGAUAAAGCAUUUUUGAAAAAAAUUCAAUGGCAGUACAUGAUUGUUGAUGAAGGUCAUCGACUAAAGAAUCAUGAGUGUGCUCUGGCAAAGACUAUUGGAGGCUAUCAGAUGAAGCGCAGACUUCUGUUGACUGGGACUCCAAUACAGAACAGCUUGCAGGAACUCUGGUCCUUGCUUAAUUUUCUCCUCCCGCAUAUUUUUAAUUCUGAGGAUAAAUUUGAAGAGUGGUUUAAUGCUCCCUUCGCUGAUCGCGGUGAAGUUUCUCUCACCGAUGAAGAACAACUAUUGAUUAUUCGUCGUUUGCAUAAUGUUAUAAGGCCGUUCAUAUUGAGGAGGAAAAAAAAUGAGGUGGAGAAAUACCUUCCUGGGAAAACUCAGGUUUUACUAAAAUGUGAUUUGUCAGCAUGGCAAAAAGUUUAUUACCAGCAAGUUACAGAGAUGGGCAGAGUUGGGCUGCAUACUGGAUCUGGAAAAUCUAAGAGUCUACAGAAUCUGACGAUGCAGCUCAGGAAGUGUUGCAACCACCCAUAUCUUUUUGUUGGAGAUUAUAACAUGUGGAGGAAGCAUGAAAUCAUGAGAGCAUCAGGGAAGUUUGAACUACUUGACCGCCUACUCCCAAAACUUCAUGCAACUGAUCAUAGAGUCCUGCUUUUCUCACAAAUGACUCGUCUUAUGGACAUUCUUGAAAUUUAUUUGCAACUUCAUGAUUACAAGUAUCUUAGACUUGAUGGCUCAACUAAAACUGAGGAAAGAGGAACAUUACUAAAGAAAUUUAAUGCUCCAGACUCUCCUUACUUCAUGUUCCUUUUGAGCACUCGUGCUGGAGGUCUCGGUUUGAAUUUACAAACAGCAGAUACUGUAAUAAUUUUUGAUAGUGACUGGAACCCCCAAAUGGACCAGCAGGCAGAGGAUCGUGCCCAUCGUAUUGGACAAAAGAAGGAAGUCAGAGUUUUUGUUCUGGUUAGUGUUGGAUCGGUUGAAGAGGUGAUCUUGGAGCGUGCAAAACAGAAGAAGGGCAUUGAUGCCAAGGUCAUCCAGGCUGGACUUUUUAAUACAACGUCCACAGCUCAGGACAGAAAAGACAUGUUAGAGGAGAUUAUGCAUAGAGGAACUAGCUCACUCGGAACAGAUGUCCCAAGUGAGAGAGAGAUCAACCGCCUCGCAGCCCGUUCUCAAGAAGAGUUUCGGAUUUUUGAGGAUAUGGACAAGGAUAGAAGAAAAAAGGAGGAUUACAGAUCUCGUCUCAUGGAAGAGCAUGAGGUACCUGAAUGGGCAUAUCAAGCACCUGAUAACAAGGAAGAUAAGGCCAAAGGUUUUGAGCAGAAUAGUACUGGUGUCUUGGGAAAGCGGAGAAGAAAGGAGGUAAUAUACAGUGACACAUUAAGUGAUUUACAAUGGAUUAAGGCUGUCGAAAAUGGAGAAGACAUGUCCAAAUUGUCAGGUAAAGGGAAGAAACAAGAACAUACUCGGUCUGAAGCCAAUGAUUCUGCCAGCAAUAGUGCAAGAACAGACAAGAAGGUUCUGGAAAUGAGGAAUGAAUACACGCCUGUGGCAAGUGAGGGCACAAGUGAAGAUACCUACGCUUCAGCCCCCAAAAGACCCAAGUCUGACGAGGCAGUCUCCCAAAAACCAGAUUAUCAGGUUUCAGAAAAAUCUGAACAAGGUGGUGGAGAAAGUGGUUUGAACAAGCAUAUAUUUACUUGGAAUACCUAUAAGAAGAAGAGAUCCAGUUAUGUUAUUCCAAGUUCAUCAUCAAACUCUAGAGGGCAGAAUUCCAACGGAAAAGGAAAUGGUUGGGCUUGAUGUAAUUGAGCAAAAUAUCGUCACAGUUUAGUGAUGGGAUGAUCCGAAAGCAUCCCUAAGGCCUCUGCUUUUCUGAUUGCUGCUGCAUUGCGCCAGGAUUUCUUUGGGGCUGCCAUUGUUGUCCUAUGAAGUCGCCUCCUUAAAUGGGUUGCUUCCAGUACUUGCUCCCAUGCCUGCUCCUCCAUGUCCAUCGAUUCUAGCAUUUGUAACAUCAGCAGUCAAUGCAUCAUUUUCCCAAUUUAAUUGCACCUCUUAUUAUCAUCACAUUUCAACCGCAUACAAAAGGUGAGGGCAUAAGAUCGCAUGGUGAAAGGUGAACCUAGAUGUCUGCAUGGCUAUUACCACUCUUAUAUUCGUUGGCACUUGUAACAUAUUGGCAAUAAUGUGAGAUUCCCUAAUUUAUGAAGUGCGCAUUUAUUAUUA